AUGGAUUGUUGUCUUCAUGUUAUUCUUCUAUUCUCCCUCUGUUUCAUUGCCGUUUUUCCUCACCUAUCUCAUUCUUCACGUCAAUCUUCCUUGUGGAAUGGCAAUAAAGAAAUAAAAACGUCGAUUUUGAAACUGACGACUAAUUCCUUGUCGACUCCAAUUGAUCCAACACGGGUUACACAAAUUUCAUGGCACCCCAGAGUUUUUAUAUAUAGGAAUUUUUUGACAAAUGAAGAGUGUGAUCAUUUCAUCUCACUGGCUAAAGAUAGUCUGGAGAAAUCCAUGGUAACUGACCUUGAAACAGGGGAGAGCAUAGAGAGUGAAUAUCGGACAAGUACUGGCGCAUUUCUCAACAAAGCUCAGGAUGAAGUUGUUGCUAAUGUGGAAGCAAGAAUAGCUGCCUGGACAUUUCUCCCUGAAGAUAAUGGAGAACCAAUGCUAUUGCAUUAUGAACAUGGGCAAAAAUACGAGCCACAUUUUGAUUAUUUUAUGGACAAAAUUAAUCAAGAGAUAGGCGGUCAUCGUGUAGCUACUGUCCUUAUGUAUUUAUCAGAUGUUGAUAAGGGUGGAGAAACAGUUUUUCCUAGAUCAGAGGCUGCAGAUUCUCAGCCAAAGGGUGAUGACUGGUCUAAUUGUGCUAAAGAUGGCUAUGCAGUAAAACCAAGGAAGGGCGAUGCGUUGUUGUUUUUCAGUCUACAUAUUAAUGCAACAACUGAUCGUUUGAGCUUGCACGGAAGUUGCCCAGUGAUUGAAGGUGAGAAGUGGUCUGCUACAAAGUGGAUUCAUGUAAGGUCCUAUGACAGUAUUCCAUCAGCUGAGAAGUGUAUCGAUAUGUAUCCUGAAUGCUCCAGUUGGGCUGCUUCUGGUGAAUGUGAUAAAAAUCCUUCAUACAUGGUUGGCACUCAAGAAUAUGUAGGUCAUUGUAGGAAGAGCUGUAAUGUUUGUUCAUGAUAGAAAAUUA